UUUUUUUUUUUUUUUAUAUCCAUACAACCAUGAAGAAUAAUUAUUAUUUUGUUUUGAAAAUUUUAUUUAUUAGUUUGUUUCAAUUUCUUAUUAAAUUAAACGCUCAAACAUUUCGAACAUUUACACCUUCGCCACGAGAUUUACAUACAACAACUCUUAUUGAAGAAAAACUUUACAUUUCAGGUGGAACACUUUAUGGAAACAAUAGUCAUCGUGAUGAUGGUAUAAUUAAUUCGAAAGAUUAUAUUCCAGGGGAUGUAUUUUUUUACCUUGACGUUUCAGUCCGAUUUAAUACACAAAAUUUAACGUGGAGGCCAUUAUUAAAAGAUAUUGAAAAUUCUCCUUCACAUAAUGGUGCUUCAGCGGCAGUUGGUGGUAAUAAGAAAGAUACUAUAUUUAUAAUUGAUAUGAAUUCGGAUGUAUAUUCAUAUAAUACGAAAGAAAAUAAAUGGGUUAAACCAACAAUUUCAGGUGUGAAACCUGUUGGAAGAAGAAAUAUGAAUUCGGUUGUUGAUAAAAAAGGUAAAAUAUACUUAUUCGGAGGUUAUACGGAAGAACCAUCAUUAAAAUAUUACAAUUCUAUGAAUAUACUUGAUACUAAAAAAUUAAGUUGGAAUAUUGGUAAAAUGAUUGAUUUGAUGGCAACUUAUUAUUCCACAUCUUUGUAUUAUGAAGCUGCUAAUUAUGCUCCAGCUUCAUAUGGUGCUACAUUAUUACCUAGUGGUGAAAUAAUUUAUUUGGGUGGAAGAGACGAAAAAAUUACCAGAAUGGGUAACAUAAGUAAUAUUUUUGAUUUUGAUAAAGUUUUUAUAUAUGAUACGAAAAAAGAUGAAUGGAAAAUGCAAUAUACAUUACCAAGAGUUGUGAAUGGUAUCAUUCCAAGAGGCAGAUGGGGAUUUUCAUCGGUACUUGGAUUGGAUAAAAAAAGGAUAAUUAUUUACGGAGGUUCAUAUAAUCUUAAUCUUGAUGGAGGAAUAACAAACACUGAUUUUCCUCCCAUAAUUGUAUUAGAGAUUGAACAUUUUGAAUGGUAUCGACCAACAAUUUCAGGAUCUAUUCCAACAAUUACACGAUGUGAACAUACCGCUACCGUAGUUGGAAUAUACAUGAUCGUAUUAUUCGGUAAAAAUAAUGAAAAACCUUUUGAUGUACCAAAUUAUAAAUUGUAUGGAGAUAGUGAUGUAUUAUUUCUUAAUAUUAGUGAUAAUGAAAAUUUUAUUUGGACGACAUCUUUUGAACCUCCAAAGAAAAAGAAUAUUCCUUUCUUAGUUGGAAUAACUGUAGUUCCAAUUACUAGUUUCAUUAUUUAUAUAAUAUUUUUUAUAUGGUAUAAAAGAACAGGAGGUGGACCAUGCAAAAAUAAUAUUUGUUUGUUAUAAAUAUAUAUAUACAUAUAUAU